AGUUUUCGGUUUCACCCAAGGGUCAAACUUAGUGCCCUCGGGCCAUGGGAAAUGUCAGCGCCCAGUGCCGGCUGAGCAUCCACCCUUGCCAUCCUGGCAUCGCCAGCGGCUCCAUCGGGGCUGAAGUCAUUCAUGGCAAGAGGAUCAGCUGCGUGCAUCGCUGCUGCGUGCACAAGUAUUUGUUCCCCAUGUACCUGGUGAAGGUUUCAGACUUUCUGCAGAUGCGGGGGCCGCCGCAGCCGCACCAUGUCUUGAAAGAAGCGGGGCUGCUGCAUGAGUGGCAGCCAGGAAUGUUCAGCGUCUUCAUUUCUCACCAGUGGCUGGGUACCAGAGCUCCGGACCCCUCUGGGCACCAACUGGCGGUGCUCCGUCAAGUGCUGCAGAGCCUCAUCGACGGAUCGCUGAAGGUUGAGAAAGAUUUGACCAAGAUGAUCAGCAUGGGCGAGCCCACCAGCUACGAGCAGAUUCAAGAUGGAUACCUCUUUUUGGAUUGGUUUGCCAUCCCGCAGAUCACUGCAAGGAAGGGCGGCGUCAACGAAGACACCACCAGGUCAGAUGCAGCGCUUGCUGUGCAGAGUAUUCCGGCCUAUGUAGAGGCCUGCGACCUGUUUUUCGCACUUGUCCCAGAGCUUGUUCAUAUCGACACCGGCCUCGACUGCAACUAUGCCACGUGGCUGUCGCGGGGGUGGUGUCGAGCAGAGCUUUGGUGCCGCUUGCUCUCCACCCGUAAAGACACCAGUGUGGUCGUGAUCUUCUCCGACCGGGAGGCCUUGUACAUGUUCCCCUUGGAUUGGCAGCGGAAUCUGAUCUCAGAUGGCUUGUUCACGGUGGAGCGGGAUCGGGCCGAAGUCGUGAGGCUGGGAGAGACCACCUUGCGCAACAAGAUUCAGCACCUGCGCGAGUGGGGCCCACUUUCUCACUACAGAUUCUAUCUGUCGUCCUUCUCCUGGUUGCUGAACCAGGACCUGGAGAAGCCAGAGAGCGACCUGCCGGGUUUCUUGCAGCGCUUCGACUUCCCCACCCUGGAGGCCGCCGUGAAGGAGGAGGGCGGCAUGACCGGGACGCUGUGCGCGGUCUUCGCGGGCGACAGCGACAUGCUGCGGGUGCUGGUGGAGCAGCGGGCGGAUCCCAACGGAAAGGCCUUGGGACUGGAAGACCUGGGCUACUUCGACACCCAGAGCUUGCUGAUGGUGGCGGCCAAGAGUUCGCAGAAUGCGAAGGUCUUGUCCACCUUACUGCAGCUGGGAGCCGACCCCAACUUGCACUCCAGAGCCGGUCUCACACCUGCAUACCUGGCUCACGACCCAACUCACGUGCACGUCUUGCUGGAGUACAAGGCUGAUUUGAUGAACUGCGUGAUUCCGCCAUUGCUUGGCGCUGUUGGUAGGGCCUCCUCUGCAACAGUCAGGGCAUUGCUGGAGAGCAGAUGUGACCCGUCCGAGACCAGUCGUGACGGCUUUGCGGCCUUGCAUGCCGUGCCGAUGUUCGGAGGUUCGAACCCCCACGCAUGUGAAACGAUUCGGCUCCUCCUCUCGUUUCGAGCUGACGUCAACUCCCCGGCAGCUCCUGCAGGCAGGAUGUAUCGGGUAUGCCUGCGGGGGCAGGUCUACACUACGAUCUGGGGUCCUCACAGCAGCAACUUCCAAAGAAAGAUGGCAAACUUGAUGGGAGCUACACCCUUGGCCAUUGCGGCCAUGAUGGGUGACAGAGCUGUAGUUCAAACUCUGCUGGAGAACGAUGCUGAUUUGGAGAUCCCCAACAAGCUGGGGAAAACACCACUUGACCUGGCCAGACAGGCUGGUCACAGUCAGUUGCUCAAUAUUUUGCACACCUUCGCCGUGUAGCACGAAAGUUGCGCCGCGGCCCCAUUUUUCUCCCACACGCUUUACCCUUGACGCGAUUUCAGUGUC